UUCGAAAAUUUUCAAUGCGACAGGUUUUCAAAGUGAACUUCAAAGUGUAAAUCGAGUGAAUGUGGGCGGCAUAAGUCAGUGAGAAUUGAACAAAAAAAAAUUUGUUUAAAUCUAAAGACAUUCAAAUAGCAAAAAAAAAAAAAAAAAAUUGCAGCUUAAAGAGAACAAUUCGUUUUUAUUAAAUCGCCAUGGCGGCCAUCAAACGCGAUUCUAAUCUCAAAUUGCUGUGAAAAAAAAAACUGAAAUCGUCUGGAAUUUUUUUUUUUGUUUAUCCAUCAUGCAACUGAAAGCUGAAAUGUCAGGGCCGGCCAAGAAACUGGUCAGCACAACUGAAUCAUCGAGCGUGACUCGUCGUCCAGAUAACGGCACGCUUUUCAAACUUCCGACUGGCACGUUGGCCUUACUCGCCACAAUUGGAUUUCUUUCGUUGAAUUAUCACUGCUCACCGGUGGAGGGCUACGAACAUCAUCGAUGGCGUCAUCGAGAUCGUAGCAGCAUUUCACACUUGGCACAUCAUCUACCACUUGCUCCUGUCCCUCCACCGCCGACAACAACAACACUAACAACAAUAGAAGACAAUAGCAGUAGUAAUGGCUUUGAAAGUGCUGAAGAAGAAGAAGAUGAAGAAGAAGAAAGCGAAAAAGAUUUGUCUUCAACAAGAUCGUCGGGAUUCGGAUUGUGUUCACGAUGCCCGCCGGGAUUUGGAGUAGCUCGUCGGUGCACCCUCGUCCGGGAUACAGUGUGCCAUUCGUGCCCGCAAAGCUACUAUGCUCCAAGUUAUUCAAGAAAGCAUGCAUGUUGGCCAUGCUCAAAAUGCGGAGAAGGAUUGUAUGAGGUCCAGCCAUGUACAGGGACAUCAGACACGGUCUGUGAGGCAUGUCACAACUCAUCACCUCCUCACUCUGCUGCGAGGACCCACAGCAACCAAAUUGCAAAUAAGAGACAUUACAAGUAUCCAUGUGGACCCCAACACCAUCAUCAUCGUAGCAACCAUCAGCAGAAUGGUCCACCAUCAUCAUCACAGCAGCAGCGAAACCUGCUUUCCACACUGACAAUAGGUAACAAGAAUAAAUGGACGACAUCUGGAAAUCUCAUUCACUUUCUAAAUCAUCCCGGCACAGAUGUAGGAACAAUAACCAACAGUUCGUCGACAGCUACGCCGACAACUUCAGCCUCUUUUCCUUCAGAAAUAACCGAAAUGAACGAAGAGGACGAGGUUGCGUUAGGAGUGGCCCAACUGGCGGCAUUCCAAGUCGUCCUUAUUUUCACAGCAGUCGCCGCAAUAUUGGCGUUAACGUGCCGGCUUCGUGUGUUUUCCAGUCAUGAACCAGCCCGUCUCAAGUUGACUGAAACCUACCGGGACGAUGGAGUGGCUCUAAUUGAACAAUUAUCUGAAUCUUAACAGGACGAGAACUAAUAUUUAAAAUUUUAUUAUUAUUAAUAAUUAUUGUUCUUAUUGCAAAAUUGAUUUUAAAAAAUAAGAGUUCCAAUUGUGGCAGCUGUCUGGUUUCUGUUUAUAAUGCCAUAUUCACUCUCAAUAUUGUAUAAUUAUAGCACUUGUAUACAACAAAUGAUAUAACUUCUGCUAACUUUAA